GGUGUUGGGGAUGGACAUCGGCACAACGAUUGCCAACAAGUCAGAGUUGGUGUUGACACCUUGGACAGAGAAUUCUCAGACUUCAGUAAGACUCUAUAGGAGUGAAGACAGAGACAAGGCGUUGCAGCUGUGUGGUUGGAUGUUCGAUCGGGACUUGGCUGCCUUGCCGACUUUCCUGGAGACUGUGGAGAGUGAGGGGGAAGAGGGAGUGUGCAGGGCGGCCGCCAUUGCUGUGUUCAACCUGCGCCUGCGCCUAGCCAUCGAGAUCCUAACACGUGGUGCCCAAACUUACAACGACAUACUUACCAUUGUCGCUAUGGCUCUCUCAGGCUUCACUGACUCAAGGAGCAGCAUGUGGCGAGAACUGUGCAUGUCACAACGUGCCCAGAUAUCCAACCCAUACCUGCGAGCAAUGUUUGCCUUUCUCACACUUGAAGGAGACAACUACGACACAGUCCUCAACGAGCCAGGAUUGGCAGUGGAGGAUCGGGUGGCUCUGGCGUGUCUGUACUUGUCCAAUGCACGGCUGUACGAAUACUUGAGCCAGCUGACGGAGACACUGAUUUCGAGUGGUGACCUGGGUGGUGUGUUGCUGACCGGGGCAGGGAGCGAAUGUGUGUCGCUGCUACAACACUACCUGGACCGCAGUGGAGACGUGCAGAGCGCCUGUCUCAUCGCUGCCUGCACAUUUCCCUCACAGCUGCUCGAUAAGGACAGUCAGGUCCAGGAGUGGAUUGCAAGUUAUCGCAACCUGCUGAACAGCUGGCACAUGUGGAACCACCGGGCGAGAGUGGACAUCGCACUCAGCACACGAAACCCUGGCACCAAGCCUGUGCAGCAGGUGUUUGUGUCGUGUAACUUCUGCGGUAAAAGUGUAUCGGCGUAUAUGCAGGCUUCUUCACUAAGCCGAGGCCAGCUCGCUAGGCUCGGUGCCACCAGCAAUCGACUUAAGAUGACAUCAUGCCCCAACUGUCGCAAACCCCAACCACGCUGUGCAGUCUGUUUGGUGAACAUGGGAACCCCGGCUUAUUAUGACGGGAACCCUUCACCUUCUCCCUCCCGUCCUUCGACCACACCCCUCCGUCUCUCCCCCUUCAACUCCUGGUACACCUGGUGCCAGACCUGCAGACACGGUGGACACGCCUCUCACAUCACCCAGUGGUUCAGGGAACAUUCGGAGUGCCCAGUGACGGCUUGCUCCUGUCGCUGCCUGAGCCUGGACACUUCUAGCAAGAUGUCAUCCCUUGCGUCUGUUGCAUAGAGAUAACAACUUCCACAACAGUUGUUCUGAACUCUUCUUUUACUCUGUGGUUUACAAUAGUACCAAAGGAAAUAAUUUUUCGUUUUCAGAUCUUGGCAAGUUAGGUAAUUUGGUAAGUUUGAUUUCAUUGUUGUUUUAUUUUAAUUAGUUAAGUUAAUCUUUAUACAGUAUCAUUAAGUUCCUAGUUAAGUUAUUAAUGUUAAUUAAUGUUGUUCUUGUUUUAACGGCGCCUGCUUUCUUUAAAUGUUUUUCUGUAUACCAUUUAAGUUAUUUAGCUGCGAUUUCAACAAAUGUGAGUGAAUCUUAAAUAUAAGGAAGAAUGAUACUGUUCAAUGUUUUGUUUACUCUAUUUCUUUACAAUAUUUGAAUAGAAUAUAGGUUUUGUUACAUCUUUUUUGUUGUAUUACAACUUUCUCUUUUGAACAGGACUUUAGUGGAGAUUGCUACUUGUGAAGUCAAUUAUUGUUGGGAUUUUUAAUUUUAUGUUUGUCUACUGGUAUUUAAAUUCAGUUACACACGAUUAUUUUUUAGACAUUAUUAAAUCGUUAAAGUUAUAUAUAUAUUUUUUACAUUGAUAAAUACAUUUUAUAUUCUUUAUAUUAGUUUUCAAUAUGUUUGUUAGUUUUAUCCACUUUAAUAUCUUAAAUUUAGUCACAAAGUUUGUAACAGUGUUUAAUUGAACGUGUAGAAUUUUAUAAUUAAGAAUUUUAAAUCUUUUAAUUUUUAAAUUGAAGUUUUUACUGAUAUUGUUUAUGUAUACCCUCAUUUGUUAGGCAGUUUUAUUGGCAUAUUAAUACUAUAAAUAUUUUUGAUGUGAAAUGUGUACUGUACUUUAUAAUAUAAGUUUUUGUACUGAAUUUUAAAUGAAAUAAAUUUUAAUUCAAUUAUUUAUACAAGAUUAUUGUAAAGCUAUAUUACCUGUCUUUGUGAGAUGAUUUUAUAUGAAAUUGUUUAAAAUUUAUCAACUGAUAGACUUAUUAAAAACUAAUAUUAUUUGCUAGUAUUAAAUGUAAUAAAUUUAACUUUCAGGUUUUCAAUUCCAUCCUAAUAAUUAAGACAUUUUUGUCAUUGAGCUAUGUGUUCUUGAACAUUCAGCAUUUAGAGUUUUGCUUUUAUGAAAUUUCAUGAAACAUUUAGAAUUUAUUAUAAUAAAUUAAUUUUAAUUAUAAAACUGUUUUAUUUAUUCAUCUAUGAAGUUAAGAUUUUUGAACUAGGUACGUAGUAUAAAUAAAAAAGUUAACGCAUUCAAUUUUAACUGAUGCUACCUUUUAAGUCAGACCCUACAUUAAAUAUCUCAGACUUCUUACCUGUGACUAUAUGCUGUCUAUUUAUUUUUCAUAAUCAUUUCCUCAUUAGGUCUAAAAGAUAUGUAUUUAUAAUAAAUGUAUUUUAGCAAAUAUUUGUUUGUCAAAAUAGAGAUUUAUUCAUUGUCUUUUAGUUACUGUAUAUAAUUUAUUUUAAGCCAAACAAGAUUUCACCUAGUGUAAAUAGUCUGUAUAUAAAUGUAUCAAACUUAACAAUAUUCGUUUUUUGGAAAUAAAUGUUUAUUUUUGAAGAA